AUGACUUGUCUAGUGUCAUCUAGAGAAGAAAGAAUCGAGGACUCGGAAGAAAACUCACCCGUGGAACAAGUGGCUCUCACCGUUCCAACAGGAGAUGAUCCUUCUCUUCCGGGCCUCACCUUUCGAAUGUGGGUUCUCGGUAUCUUGUCAUGUUUUGUUCUCUCUUGUAUCAACCAAUUUUUCUGGUACAGAACCGAACCCUUGAUUAUAAGUGCCAUAUCCGCCCAAAUCGCAGUUGUGCCAUUAGGGAGACUAAUGGCGGCAAAAAUAACGAGUCACAUUUUCUUAAAGGGCACUAGCUAUGAGUUCACUUUGAAUCCUGGUCCAUUUAAUGUGAAGGAGCACGUUUUGAUUACCAUUUUCGCUAACUCUGGGGCUGGGACUGUUUACGCCAUUCACUUGGUUACGGUCGUGAAGGUUUUUUACAGGCGUAAUAUCUCGUUCUUCGUCUCUUUGAUCGUCGUUAUUACUACUCAGGUUCUAGGGUUUGGUUGGGCAGGUAUAUAUAGAAGAUACUUGGUGGAACCUGCGGCAAUGUGGUGGCCGUCGAACCUUGUUCAAGUGUCACUAUUUCGGGCUUUGCAUGAGAAAGAAGAAAGAUUGAAAGGAAGGUUGACAUGUAUUCAGUUCUUCAUAAUUGUCAUUAGUUGUAGCUUUGCUUAUUACAUUUUUCCAGGUUACCUUUUCAAAAUAUUGACAUCAUUCUCAUGGGUAUGUUGGAUAUUUCCUAAAUCCGUAUUAGCCCAACAACUCGGUUCGGGCCUAUAUGGGCUUGGGCUUGGAUCUUUGGGCUUUGACUGGUCAAGCAUAGCAUCCUACCUUGGAAGCCCAUUAGCAAGCCCAUGGUUUGCCACGGCAAAUGUUGCUGUUGGUUUCUUCUUGGUGAUGUAUGUACUAACUCCCGCAAACUAUUGGUUGAAUGUCUACAAUGCCAAAACAUUUCCAUUGUUCUCCGAUGAGCUUUUUAAGGCAAAUGGAUCUGAGUACAAUAUAUCGAGUAUCGUGGACUCUGAUUUCAGCCUCGAUAUCAACGCUUACGAUCAAGAAGGUCCUCUUCAUCUUAGUACUUUCUUCGCCAUGUCUUAUGGAGUAGGAUUCGCCGCUCUUAGUGCCACUAUUAUGCAUGUGUUAUUGUUUCAUGGAAGGGAAAUUUGGGAGCAAGCAAGGGCUAGUUGUAAGGAGGAAAGAUGGGACAUACACACAAAGUUGAUGAGUGGUUAUAAACAAGUGCCUCAAUGGUGGUUUUGGGUGAUACUUGUGGCCAACAUUGGGGCCGCCAUCUUUGUGUGUGAGUACUACAAUGAGCAACUUCAAUUGCCGUGGUGGGGAGUCCUCCUUGCUUGCGCCGUUUCAUUUGUCUUCAUCCUACCUAUAGGUGUCAUUUGUGCGGUUACGAAUCAAUUCUUGACGUUGAAUGUCUUAACGGAGUUCAUAAUUGGGUACUUGUAUCCGGGAUAUCCAGUGGCCAAUAUGUGCUUCAAGGUUUAUGGAGAAAUGAGCAUGGCUCAAGCUGUUGUAUUUCUUCAAGACUUAAAACUCGGUCACUACAUGAAAAUCCCACCUAGAAAUAUGUUCAUGGCACAGAUUUUAGGAACAUUGAUAGCUGUUAUAGUGUACUUGGGCACGGCAUGGUGGUUGUUGGAAACAAUCCCCGAUAUCUGUGAAUCCUCCUCUUCUAUUUGGACAUGUCCAUCCGAUACUGUCUUCUAUGACUCAACCGUCAUAUGGGGCUUGAUCGGUCCCCGUCGUAUCUUCGGAAAUCAAGGCACUUAUAGAGCCAUAAAUUGGUUCUUUCUCGGUGGAUUCAUUGCACCUAUUAUUGUAUGGUUAGCCCACAAGAAAUUUCCGGAGAAGAAUUGGAUUCGACUAAUAAACAUGCCAAUCUUGAUCGGUGCGACGGGAAGGAUGCCACCGGCAACAGCUGUUAAUUACACAACAUGGAUUCUCGUAGGGUUCUUGUCUGGUUUUGUGGUUUAUCGAUACCGACCACAUCUAUGGAAGAAGUAUAAUUAUGUGUUGUCUGGUGGGUUGGAAGCUGGUUUGGCAUUUAUGGCAAUAUUGUUGUAUUUGUGUCUUGGAAUGGAAGAGAUAAGCCUUGAUUGGUGGGGGAAUGAUCUUGACGGUUGUUCUUAUGCCACGUGUCCUACUGCCAAAGGUGUUAAGGUAGAUGGCUGUCCUGUUGUCUCCUAGUUUAUAAGGAUAAA